AUGUCAGCCAUAGAAGACCCCCGCACUGCACCUGCCAGCUCGUCUGGCUCUGCACAAACAGCCGCCAAAAUCGACCUUCUGAUUUCAUUGCACUUGCAUUCUUGGCCUGCCCUCACCUUGGCGAUCCAGAACAAUUGGGGUGGUCCGACAUCGAACGACAAAGGAGACUGGUUCGCAGGUGCUAUCUCCGAGCUGUUCUCCAAUGGCGAUGUGAUCGAUGCGGACGACCUGGAAGAAGUCUUGAUACAAGUUAUGCUCGAUGAAUUUGAGGUGGUUGUUGAUGAUGACAGUCCAGCAGAAGUGGCUGCCAGCAUCUUCAAAGGCCGUCAGCGUAUACUACAAGGAGACUAUUCGGAAGUAGAUCAAAUGCUUGUGCGUUGGGAGGAAAAGCAGAAGAAGGGCCCGGAGAAAUUGCCCUUCAAGAGGGUGGAGGAAGACGAUGACGGUCAGGAGACAGACUGGGAGAGCAGUCUUUCAGACGAAGACGAUAUCGUGAUGGACGAAGCACCGCAGUUGGUGCAUGCCACCGGGCAGGAAAAGCCAGCACCAGAGAUCGACGAAGACGGCUUCACGAAAGUGGUUGGGAAGAAGAAGCGUUGA